AUGAGUAAAGGUACAGCUAGCUUUGGAAAAAAGAAUAAGAGGAACACGGAGAUGUGCAGAAGAUGUGGAAGGCAGAGCUACCAUAAGCAAAAGAAUUCAUGUUCAUCAUGUGGAUAUCCCAAUUCGAAGAUGAGAAAUCCGGGAUCUAUCAAGGCAAGGCGCAGACGUACUGUUGGAACUGGAAGAAUGAGGUAUAUGAAGAGGGAGCUAAGGGCAGCAAGAAAUGGGCAUAAGGGAAACCCGAUACUGAGGGCACUCUGGAUUAAAAAUUAA